AUGGUGGACAGAGCGUCGCGUAUCGAGUUACUAGACAAACGUAACUACGAUGUCUGGCAAUUGAGGAUGAAGUCCAUCCUGGUGAAACAUGACCGAUGGGGUUAUGACAACAACGUGCUGUAUGCAGGCAAUCGGUAUGGAAGGAAGCCGCAACAGAGAAAAUUUAAGUCGAAAAAUAGCAAACCAUGUUUCAUAUGUGGAAAAAUUGGUCAUUGGGCAGCUAAGUGCCCUGAACGACAACACAAUUCUGCGAGGAGCGUCGAAUCGUCGGAAGAGACUCACUACGUCGUGGAUCAACCUGAGGAGGCCCACAACGUGACUUCAAGGUCGAGGUGGUGCUUAGAUAGUGGAUGUACCACGCACAUGUGUGUUAGCGACAAAUUCCUGACUGAUAUCCAGGAGUGUGAGAUGACGUUGAACAUGACGAAUGCAGCAUCGACGAAGGCGAGAGCAAAAGGGCUUGCUCACAUCAAGGUGAAGACAGACACAGGUAAUAUUGAUCUAAAUCUUCGCAAUACCUUACUUGUUAAAGAUCUGAGGACUAAUUUAAUUUCCGUAUCGAAAAUCACUCGGAACGACCGAGAGAUUUUAUUCAGGAAGGACGACGCCAUCGUCAGGGACCUGAAUGGAGAGGUGAAGUUAGCCGCUGAUCGCAUAGGAGACCUGUAUUACCUACGGGAGCAGGCGGAACAAGUCAAGGCAGUGGAAAGGGCGUCGGAAAGAGCCAGUACGUCGGAUUUAGACCUAUGGCAUGCAAGGUUAAGACAACCAACCACAGACACAAUCACCAUACUCACAAAUAACUUAACAACCCAUAAAUUAGUACUUGAAAUUUUGGAACUUAAUAAACAAGAACACUACACCUACACACCAAAAGUAAUAAAACCCAAAUCUAUCAUUUUAAAAGGUGUCAAUGGCGGCUUCUCAGCGGACAUGGUACUGACUGAGCGAAAUUCUAUGAAGCUGGAAAAUGUCAAAAUUGAAAAAGUUACAGAAAUAAUUUUCAACAAAAUAAACGAAGUGAAAAAAACAACCUUUCUAAUACAAGUAUCACACAACAGUGAACUAAGAGAACUAACUAAAAUUGAUCUGCUACUACAUCAGGUAGUCAAGUGGGAAAAUCUGCGCAGAGAAAAAAUAUUUCAAUGCAAAAAAUGUCAAAGGCUGGGCCACGCCAGCACCAAUUGCAAAUUGGCCUAUAGAUGUGUUAAAUGUAGUGGCAGUCACGGCCCUAGUGCCUGCCCCAUAAAAAGCUCAGAUCCUAAAAGUAGCCUCAAAUGCGCAAACUGUGGCGAAAAUGGACAUCCUGCCAACUACAGAGGCUGCAUCUACUACAAGCAUGCCCUCGGCUUACUAAGAAAUAACAACUCAGCCAAAAUUCAGAAUUACUAUAAACAGCUCAGAGAAAUUAGUCGAUUAAUUGAUCCAAAUACUCCGUAG